CUUUUAUUGAUUAUUUCAUCUAUUUUUUGUAAUUUUUUUAUUGAUUUAUCUAUUAUUGUUUCGUUUUUGAGCAAUUCUUCAAAGUUUGUUCCCUUUCUUUGUCUCGUGUUUGGGUACUUUAGAUUGGUUUAGUGGUGAAAUCUAUGUAGUUUUCUUGAGAACUAAAUUAGAAAGGAGGAACAUUUUUGAACUUAAAUCAAGAGCUCAAGAAUGGUUUCUGUGUUUAGAUUUGUGCUUAAAUCAGGAAUUUAGUACUCUUUUUUUGUUUUUCUUUUGCAGCUAGAAUUCUUCCAGUUGUGAAAAAUCAACAUCUUUUGCUUUGUACACUCUUGAUUGGCAACUCUUUAGCAAUGGAGUCUCUGCCUAUAUUCUUGGACAGUUGGAGCGACAGUGGCACCUUUCGUUCGUCUGCUGCUUUGGCUUUUUUUCCCAGUUGCUUAUCCAAUUAGUAAGGUUUUGGACUGGAUGUUGGGAAAAGACCACUCUGCUCUCCUACGCAGGGCAGAGCUGAAAACAUUUGUUGAUUUUCAUGGAAACGAGGCUGGGAAAGGAGGCGAUCUGACUCAUGACGAAACAACCAUUAUUGCUGGUGCUCUUGAGCUGACGGAGAAAACAGCUAAAGAUGUCAUGACACCGAUAUCGAAGGCAUUCUCUGUUGACCUGGAUGGAACUCUUGAUUUGCCGUAGGGAGACGCUUAAUUCUAUAAUGACAAUGGGGCAUAGUAGAGUACCUGUAUACUAUAGAAAUACAGCAAAUAUUAUCGGACUUAUUUUGAAAAAUUGAGCUCUAACUGAAGGGUCCAUUUUCCACAAGACAUUCACCCCGUGGCAUAUUUUGCAGUCGCACAUUGAAUCUGCGGUCAAUCAGUGCGAUUGGAUAUGAUAUGGACUAUACUCUUAUACACUAUAAUGUUAUGGCUUGGGAAGGAAGGGCUUAUGAUUAUUGUAUGGACAAUUUGAAAAAUAUGGGCUUUCCUGUGGAUGGGCUUGCUUUUGACCCUGAAUUGGUCAUUAGAGGGCUUAUUAUUGAUAAAGAGAAAGGUAAUCUGGUUAAAGCAGACCGUUUUGGAUAUGUUAAGAGAGCUAUGCAUGGAAUAAGUAUGUUAUCUACUCGAGAAGUGAGUGAGAUAUAUGGGAGAGAGCUGGUGGAUUUGCGGAAGGAGAGUCGAUGGUUGUUCCUCAAUACACUAUUCUCUGUUUCAGAAGCUGUAGCUUAUAUGCAGGACAAAGGUGUCCUACCUUCAGAGAAGCUUGGUUUUAACAUUCAAAUUCCAUCCUCAUUAAAGAAGCAGCUGGUUGAUGAUUGUGAAUUUAUUACCCAUUUGGCCAAGCUUGUCCAACUUCCUCGUUCUCCGAGUGUAAAUGAAAUACUAAGCAAGUACAAUGACUAUCGCCUAAAAAACGAUGGAAUAAUUGCUGAUUCAGUAAGCGAAAUUCUUAGUGGAUUGCAAUGUUACUUUGACAAAGCAUUGUCUGCUAUGCUCCUUUACAAGAAUGAGCGCGAGCAAUAUCAAGAAGCAAUUAAAGAUGGAGUCUCUCCAUCUGUGUAUGGUGCUGAGCAUCUAUUACGUUUUGGAAUGCUCGUGUUUUUUGGUCUGCAGUUUUAAGUAGUUUAUUUUAAUUAUUAACAUUUAGAAUUUGUAGUUUAUUUGUAGUAAAAUGUUAUUAGAAUUGAAAUUUUAGAUUGGUGUGUUUUAGUUGAUAGAAUUGGUGUGUAGUAUACAUCUUAAAUUGAUUAAUGUUGAAAUAUAUUAUUUGGUAGUUAUG